AUGACUUCGACAAACAGAUCUCAGAAUCACAGAGGAGUUUCCAGGGAGCUAAAUGUGGGAAACUACAUUGUCGGAGAGGAACUGGGUCGUGGUUCUUUCGCGACCGUCUACAAAGGAUAUAAUCAGAAUCUCCUAUUGUUGCCUCCCCCCUCGGAGAAAGAUAAAGUGCCUUCUGUCGGUUCACCUGAUCUCCCAAUUCUAAAAAUUGCCGACUUUGGGUUUGCUCGUUCGCUGCCAUCGACAAAUUUGGCCGAAACACUAUGUGGUUCGCCACUUUACAUGGCACCAGAAAUAUUGCGUUAUGAAAAGUACGAUGCUAAAGCGGAUCUGUGGAGUGUGGGUGCGGUGUUAUACGAAAUGAUCGUCGGAAAGCCUCCAUUUAGAGCGCAGAAUCACUUUGAGUUGCUAAGAAAGAUUGACAAACGCCGCGACCGAAUUAAAUUUCCUGGCGAUUUGGUGUCUGAUUCGGAUAGUAUUCAAUCGGAUUCAGACAAGAAUCCACCAAACGACAAAAGUUCUAUAAGCGAAGAUCUUAAAGACCUGAUAAGACGUUUGUUGAAGCGUGAUCCGGUCGAGAGGAUGUCAUUCGAGGAAUUUUUUAUGCACCCGUGUGUCACUGGUGAAUUUCGACCGAAUGACUCGUCCGGAAGCACGUCUUCAAGGGAAAAGGUUGCACAAUAUGCAAAAGCCAAAGAGAUGAUUCCAAGCAAUUCUACUGCAGAGAACGACAAUUCAAAACGGCACGCUAGAGACAGAUCAAUAUCGUCACCAAUACCAGUGUCAUUUAAAGAAGAGGCUGGAGUCAAUAAAACCACGAGAGCUCUUCAAAAUCACACAAAAACAAACCUCACUCGAAGGGACUUUGAUUCUUCUCAGAAAGAGACGAACGCGUUGGUCGGAGAUCCCACCAAUCCUUUACAGAAGAAGAUAUCCAGGGACAGUGUUAAACACCAGCAGACCCUUCAGCGGACAACAAAACAUCAAAGCGCCGCGACCGGACCCUCACCCGACAAAGCGAAUGACAACAGUGGUCUUCAAGUUCGCAAAGACCUUCAGCCUCCCUACAGGAUCCCCUCCCCCUCCUUGUUGGUGCAGAACCUCAAGAGCAACGAGGAUGAGGUUAACUUCUUGAGAGAGUAUGUGGUGGUCGACUCAAAACGCACGGUAGAAGUCAACAAGCUAGCAGACGAACUCGCCGCGUCGCCUAAAUCGUUGGGGUUGGUGCAGAAGCAUUCCAACAAAGGAACUCCCAUGGGAAUGAUUUCUCCUUCGAGUCCUUUGGACCCUCAAUAUCGAAGCCCAAUUUCAAAUCCCUCCCCCUAUGUCAUCUACUCCACCACUCCGCCGUUUGCAUUACCUCCUCCUUCCCCUCACGAAAGGGCUGGAUCGGCGGGGAGUACCGGAAGCGCGUCAUCCGCUCUUGCCAGGGCUUUAUCCGGUGUAUCGCUUCGUCUGUUCGGAACGGGAAAUUCCCCGCCUUCAUGGAGCGAGAGGUAUUCGAAGCAGAGAGGAAGCGUUAUUUCCCUUCCGUCUGAUGCCAUAGUUGGUUCACCUGAGGAGGCGGUGAUCAAGACAAUCGAAGAUUUGGCGUACAAGGCUCACGUUGUUUAUCAAUUUGCCGAGACCAAACUCCACCAAUUCAUGCCUCCACGGCCUACGGCAAGCAGCGAGGUCAUGGAUGUGAAAACGGUGUCCGCUGAGAACGCUGCUACGUUGGCGCAAGAAGCCUUUGUUCUAUAUUUGAAAUGCCUGUCCUUGCUUCAAGGUGCCAUGGAUAACGCCAAAGAGUAUUGGACGAAACAAGCCGAAUAUUCAAGUGGGAAAGAACUAUCGCCGAGGUUCAACCACGAUGUGCAGCUUGUACGCUCACGAUUCAACGAAUGCCUGCAGAAAGCGGAAUGUGCAAAAUCCAAAAUCUCAACGGAAGAGGCGGGGGCUAAUAAUUGCUUUGCCGAGAAACUGCUCUACGAUAGGGCCUGUGAGAUGAGUCGCCAGGCAGCAGUCAACGAACUCAUGGGUGAAGAUUUGCCAGGUUGCGAGAUUGCAUAUCGAUCGGCCAUUUAUAUGUUAAAUGCUAUUUUAGAAAGCACACCCGAGGACGGAGAUUCCCUAGACGAAGACGACCGGCAGGUCGUAAAUAAAUUUAUCACUGAGAUAACAAGGCGACUUAAAUCCCUUCAGAAGAAGCUGACCCAAUCAGAAGUUUCGGCGAUUUCAGGUCAUCAGGGGAGUCCUGGGUAG